CAGUGUUAGCAGGGCCAUAGUAUGUAAAGCUAGCUUGUUUGCUGUCAAUCAAGCCCUCAGGCGCAGCUGUUCUCAAUGCAGCCUGUGAUUUCGGACCAGGCUGCUGGUUUUCUCCGCUCAGCUCAGCCUGGUGCACGUGACUUCUUCAAAGAUACUAAACUUUAAGUAUAGCUUUCGCACUUCUCUUCUUUGUGACAUGCCAUUUGUUGAGGACCCAGUUCAUCUCUCUAAAACUCGCCUCAAGUCAGAUUUAAUUGCUCACAAUGUCGAGCUGCCAGCUGCAGCGAGCAAAAAGGAGGUUUAUGUAGAGCUGCACCUGAAACACAUCGAUCAGAAAAACGCAGCAGACUUUUCCAGCGAUGACGAGGAUCCAGUGCAAGAUGUGGAAAACAAUGGAAAUGAUGCAGAAGAUGCAAAGGUGUCUGACCCAAGUAGUUUGACUGACGGGGAUCUCAAAGCUGCAUUACUCAACCAUGGGGUUAAAGCUGGGCCAGUAGUAGCCUCCACCAGGGCCUUGUAUGAGAAGAAGCUCUGGAAACUUCUUCAUCGUGAUGGAUAUGACGGAUUAAAUGGAGCAGAGAAAGCUGUUCUGUACUCGGACAGUGAAGAAGAAGAAGAGGAGGGGGAGGGAAAUGCAGAAGAGGAGGAGAAAGAAGCUGGUUCGGAACAGGAGCAGCAAGAUACAGUUGAAGAACCAGAGCAGAUCCAGAGCAGUGAGGGAGAGUUGCGUUUUCAGCGGGGUGACGUUGCUUACCCACAGUGCUUUUUACUGUCAUCAAGGCUGCGUGCUUGUUCAUCUAAAAACGGGCCACGUAAUGCCAAGAAGAAUUCAAGGAAUGCAUUAAAAUCAUCAGAGCAGACUCGAUCUCGCUGCUCACAGAUUCCUGCAGGAAUUAGCAGAACAUCUAUAGGUCAACGUUCAGGAUUAAGAUCAGGGGUCCCAAAUGGAUCUAAAUCAGUUGUGUCCAAAAGUUGCUCACCAGUUUCCCUUCAGGCCUUCAGCAUCACUCAAAUGGUUGAGGAGAUGGCGAGCCAGAGCUCACCCCCUUCUUGCACAGACAAGGAGCUGAACAGGAGCAAUAUGCCGGAACAUCGGUCAUGGUCCAGCAGGUUGAACAUGCAGAUUGCAGAUGAGAACAGAAUCAUGGACCAGUCCCUGUACUACACUCCUAAGGAUUCCUCUCAAGGACGGGGAAUGAAGCUUCCUCCAGAACCUGUGAAAGAGAUUUUAAAGGAUUUAAUCCCAGACACCAUAACCACACCCACAGGGAUCUACGCCACCUCUCGGAGACCCAUCAAAGGUGCGGCACGGAGACCCAUCCAGUAUGCGUACCCAGACACUCCUGUCAGUCCCAUGACCCUUGAGAGGCGAGAAGUGGAGCGCCAUCUUGUUCCCAUCCAGAUACAGAUUUUGGUCUUCUUUAUUGUGGCGUUUAUCCUUUACUUCAUUUAUGUGAAUGUUGAAGACAGCAGCUCGGUUUUGGCCUUGCUGAACAGUUUUAACCAGUGUUCAGACAGUAAGGAAGGGGUUUUGCCUCAAUCUGAGACACAGGACACACAAGUAGUCUCUGGACAAGAUUGAAUUAAUUUUACUCACCAUUUGUCUUUUUAUUGGGGUUUGAGAAUUGCUUAUUUGGUAGCACAGGUCAUGACAACAUUUUCCUAUGAAAUUUUCAAGGAAAAUGUUUGUUAGCUGUAUUUGUCUGCCUGCAUGUACACCAUCCUCAAAGUCCUGUACUACUUUUUUUCCCCAUCUUCUGAACCAUUGCUGAAAGAUCACAAGGGAGCGAUUUGCUCAAAAUGAAAACGAGAGCAAUUUCCUCACCUGAAUGAUUUACUUUUAUGCCUUCAAUUUGUAUCACUGUACUAAUGUUUUUAAUACUUAAAAUGUGUUUCAAUAAAUGAUUUGUUGCGUACUUUGUGCCAUUAAUAGAAAAUUUCAUGCAAAUGAAAAUAUUUAAUAAUU